CCCAUACUACUCUCUAUUAAAAUCCACACCCUCUACUCUUCACUUCUUCAGCUCUCUCUUUCUUUCUCUCUCAAGUCUCAAAAUGGUCAAAUCUUCAGCCAUUUGUUUUAUGAUAUGCAUAAGCUUAGUUAUGUCCUAUGCUUAUACUGUUCAUGCCGUGGCCAAAUGGCCUGCAGGCAGAUCUACCAGAUUCUACGAUUUCAAGGUUCAUACCAUGACCGUGAAGAAACUAUGCAACACCAGGGAAAUCGUGGCUGUUAAUAACCUGUAUCCAGGGCCGGUUGUUUAUGCUCAAGAAGGCGAUCGAAUUAUCGUCAAAGUCACCAACGAAUCCCCUUACAAUGCCACCAUACACUGGCACGGUGUCCGGCAAAUACUAUCAUGUUGGUACGAUGGACCGUCCUAUGUGACCCAAUGUCCAAUACAACCGGGGCAGAGCUUCACGUACGAGUUUACGUUGGUGAAGCAAAAGGGCACAUUUUUAUGGCAUGCUCACGUUUCUUGGCUUAGAGGCACCGUUUAUGGUGCUAUUGUUGUAUAUCCUAAGACUGGCGUCCCAUAUCCAUUUCCUUUCCCCCACGAAGAGCAUAUAGUAAUUCUUGGGGAGUAUUGGCUCCAAGAUAUUGUACAGCUGGAGAGGCAAGUGCUAGCAAGCGGAGGACCUCCACCACCGUCAAAUGCCUAUACCAUCAAUGGCCAUCCUGGUCCUAAUUACAAUUGCUCUGCUAAUGAUGUAUAUAAGAUCGACGUGGUCCCUGGGAAGACCUAUUUGUUACGGCUGAUUAACGCAGGUUUAAACAUGGAAAACUUUUUCGCAAUUGCUAAUCACAAAUUAACAAUAGUAGAAGCUGAUGCUGAGUACACUAAACCAUUCACUACUGACCGUGUAAUGCUUGGACCGGGACAGACGAUGAAUGUCCUCGUCACUGCUGAUCAGCCCAUCGGAAAAUACUCAAUGGCUAUGGGACCUUACAUGUCAGCUCAGGGGGUCGCAUUCCAGAACAUAUCAUCAAUUGCUUAUCUCCAAUACUUGGGUGCAACCCCAAAUAGCCUUUCAUUACCUGCUAGAUUACCAAACUUUAAUGAUAAUUUAGCUGUUAAGACUGUGAUGGAUGGUCUAAGAGGUUUAAAUACUUCAAAUGUUCCAAAAGAGAUUGAUUCCAAUCUCUUUGUAACCAUUGGAAUAAAUGUUAAUAGGUGUCGCUCUAAAACACCACGAAACAAUUGUCAAGGCGUAAAUAAUGGGACCAUGGCAGCUUCAAUGAACAAUAUGAGUUUCGUCAAGCCUACUGUUUCAAUUUUGGAAGCCUAUUACAAGGGAACCGAGGGCUUUUUCACUGAUGACUUCCCUGAGGCACCACUUAGAUUCUAUGAUUUCGUCAAUGGGGCACCAAAUAAUGCCCCAGUUGAUACAAACUCAAUGAAUGGGACUAGGACUAAGGUCCUUGAAUACGGAACUAGGGUUCAAAUCAUUUUGCAGGACACCGGAACGAUCACAACAGAAAACCACCCAAUUCACCUCCACGGCUAUAGCUUCUAUGUAGUCGGCUAUGGCACUGGAAACUAUAAUCCACAAAGAGCAAAUUUGAAUUUAGUGGAUCCGCCAUAUAUGAACACCAUUGGAGUUCCAGUUGGGGGAUGGGCAGCAAUUCGUUUUGUGGCUGAUAAUCCAGGGGUUUGGUUUAUGCAUUGUCAUUUUGAUGUACAUCAAUCGUGGGGAUUAGCUACGGUGCUUAUAGUGAAAAAUGGGAAAGGACAUUUGGAGACACUGCCACAUCCCCCAGCAGAUCUGCCCCGGUGCUAGUAGUGGGAACCUUUGGAUUUUCGUUUUUCAACAAGUGGAUCAAAAUUUAAAUAGGUUGUUGUCAAGUUCUGAGUAGGAUUCUCUUGGCGCAAGUGUGUAUUAUGUGGCUAAUUUCUUUGUCAUACGGCAAAUUUGGGUGUAAAGAAGAAAAUUUGAAAAUAAAACUCCAAGUUUCACAUCACUUUUA